UGUCUGCUGUUAGCUGCUUCAUGCUAGGUGGCUAAUGCUAGUCGGUGUACAUCAACAAACCGUAGAACAACGAGGAGCAGAAACACCGGAGACACAGCAGGAGAAGGAGCACUGAGAGCAACAUGGAGGAGAACAAAGAGCCCCCCAGAACUCAGGAACGGAGAAGAAGAAAGCAAACCGAACCUCACAUCUGUGACCAGUGUAACAAAUCCUUCUCAACAUCUAAAACUUUAAAGAUUCAUCAAUGCAUCAACACUGGAGAGAAACCGUACAGCUGUGACCAAUGUGGCAACACUUUCAAUACUUCAUUUGAACUUCAGUCACAUUAUCGUAUUCACACUGGAGAGAAACCAUACAGCUGUGACCAGUGUGGGAAAACCUUUGCUCAGAAAGGCAACCUUUCAUCUCAUCAGCGAAUUCAUACUGGAGAGAAACCCUACAGCUGUAAACAGUGUGGCAAACAAUUUACUGAGAAAGGUUCACUUCAAACCCACCAGCGAAUCCACACUGGAGAGAAACCACACAGCUGUGAAGAGUGUGGGAAAACUUUCACUACUUCAAGUAAACUCACAAUCCAUCAUCGUAUUCACACGGGAGAGAAACCAUACUGGUGUGAAGAGUGUGGGUCAACUUUCACUACAUCAAGUAAACUCAAAGUCCAUCAUCGUAUUCACACGGGAGAGAAACCAUACUGUUGUGAAGAAUGUGGGAAAACGUUCACUACAUCAAGUAAACUCACAGUCCAUCGUCGUAUUCACACAGGAGAGAAACCAUACUGGUGUGAAGGGUGUGGGAAAACGUUCACUACAACAAGUGAUCUAAAAAAACAUUGUCGUAUUCACACGGGAGAGAAACCAUACAGCUGUGAACAAUGUGGGAAAGCCUUUUCACAAGGUAGUACACUUAAAGUCCACGAGCGCACUCACAUUGCGCCGUUUUGAAUAACUUUGAGAGCCAAGCCAGCUGUUACUUCUCCUAAUGUCCUGAUAGCUGUAUUGUUAUACACUCCUGAACAAAAAUCUGAAAACCGGGUGGAGAAAUUACCAGAAUUCCCAUUUCGCACUGGUGGAUCAUAACCAGGUUGUAAGUAGAGCUUCAAAAUGCAAAAACAAGAAACAGUAGCAAGAGACCAAAAGAGAAAGUAGGCAAUUUAUUGAAACCUGAAUUUAUACUCAAACAGGCUGAUCACCAGCGCAUAAAAAAUGUAAAACAAUAGCCAAAAAAA